GUCACGUGGCUCCCACUUCCUUGUCAUGUGUACUUUUUUGUAUAUUCCCCUACAGUAGGACCGAGCAGAUUUUCUUUUAUCACAGCAUUUAUUUAAAGAAGUGAGGGGAAGACCGGAGACAAGGGCACAGAAUCGGACUGCAGGAGGCUGAGCCCUUGGUCUUAUUUGCUCUUUCUAGCUUUCAAUUUCCAAGAGCCGUGAUCGGACUUCAAAAUGCAUUUUGCAGUGUUCUUUUUUGCCUUUGCGCUCACUGGGACCACUUUGGCCCUUGACAAUGGACUGAUGAGGACCCCUCCCAUGGGGUGGUUGGCAUGGGAACGAUACCGAUGUGAUAUUGACUGUGAAAACGACCCCAAGAACUGCAUCAGUGAGAAUCUGUUCAUGGACAUGGCAGACAGACUUGCAGAGGAUGGCUGGAAGGAACUCGGCUACGUCUACGUGAACAUAGAUGACUGCUGGUCUUCCAAACAAAGAGACGAUCAGGGACGGCUGCAGCCUGAUCCUAAGAGGUUUCCAGGAGGAAUCCAGAAGCUGGCACGCUACUUGCAUGACAGAGGCCUAAAGCUGGGCAUCUAUGGGGACAUGGGCAAACUCACAUGUGGGGGCUACCCUGGCACCCCGCUGGAUAAGAUCGAAUUAGAUGCUCAGACAUUUGCAGACUGGGAGGUGGAUAUGUUUAAAUAUGACGGCUGUUACUCUAAUGCCACGGAGCAAGAGCAGGGUUACCCUCUCAUGUCAAAGGCUUUAAAUGCUACAGGGCGUCCCAUUGGCUAUUCCUGCAGCUGGCCUGCCUACCAGGGUGGGCUGCCACCUAAGGUAAAUUACACUCAGCUGGGUGAGAUCUGCAACCUGUGGCGUAACUAUGGUGACAUCCAGGACUCUUGGGACAGUGUACUGAACAUUGUUGACUGGUUCUUUGAAAACCAGGACGUCCUGACACCUGCAGCAGGACCCGGAAGGUGGAACGACCCUGAUAUGCUGAUUAUUGGCGACUUUGGCCUCAGCAUGGAACAGUCUCGUUCUCAGAUGGCUCUCUGGGCGAUCAUGGCGGCUCCUCUUUUCAUGUCUAACGACCUCCGCACCAUCUCCAGCGGUGCCCAGAGCAUCCUGCGGAACAAAAUGGCCAUCAGCAUCAACCAGGAUGCCCUGGGUAUCCAGGGAAGACGGAUUGUGAAGGAGAAAAGUGGCAUUGAAGUGUUCUGGCGCCCCCUGUCAAAGAAUGCCAGCGCUUUAUUGUUCUUCAGCCGUCGUACAGACAUGCCCUAUCGCUACACGACUUCCCUCAGCAAACUCAACUACACCACAGGCAGCUACAAGGUUUUCAAUGUCUUCACAGAUGAGGCCGCAUCGCUCAAAGACUCCACCGAAUUUGUAGUGUCAGUGAACCCCACAGGGGUGGUGAUGUGGUACGUCUCUGCACCUGCCAAAUUCAACCUCCGCCAGUUCUAUCAAGGGGGCACGCUCCAUGGUCGUGUCUAUGAUGAUCGUGAGGAAAAUGCCAUUCCACGGGUUUUCCUCUGAUCACUCACAGACCCCACUUUCUAAUCCUUAAGUUUUUGUCUUUUGUCUCAGUAGUAAUGUCUUGAUGAUCGAAUGAUUUAUUCCUGUCUAAGCACAGGUGCAGGCGCGUAGCUCUGCACUGUGUUUUACAAGUGCCUCUUCCAAGUAAGAACAUGCUUGAAACUCAGGGACAUCCACUUUGCAUCUGUAUAUGGCACAAAUGUGCUCUUGUUGAUGCCAUCUCCAGCUGAAUCUUCACUUGAAAGUAACUGGGCAACAAGAGUUUCUGUGCUCAACAGUAAUGAUAGCUGAUGAUUUUAAAAUUUUAUCUGAGAUAUAGCACAAUCACUGAUCCCAGAUUGGCACUGUGACUGAGAGGUCUUCACUUCUCUUAGAUUUUGGUUUUUAAUAGAGAACAGUCUUUGUCAGCUCAGAGAGACUAAAGUGGAAAAAAGUUUCAGAAAAAACUCAUUAAUGAUUUAUAUGUUUUUAUGUGACCUAAGUAAACAAUUUAUCAUCAAAUUCUCUAAAUAAAUGGAAACGCUGUAUUUCAAUUCUUCGGGUUUCCUUUCAGUGACUACAUGCUACAUUGAACUACAUAGUCCAUACAAACAUGUGCAGCAGAGUGCUUUGAUUUUUGCACUAUACAUCCAUUUAUUAGCAUAUGAGUAAUAUGGGUUCCAGCCAGCUCCUACAAGCUUUUUCAAAGGUACUAAGAUGUUUUUCACUUUUAGCUUUCACUUCCCAGUUCUUUGUUGCAAAGUGACAUCUCUUAAGGUCAGUUUAGUUCCAGUUCUGUUUUCUAUAAAAUUUCUUUUUUGUUGGUUUAUUUUUAUAUAUUAAAGAAACCCCCUGUCAUCAA